UAAAUGCCUACCCCACAUGAUUUGACUCAUACAUCCUUUUUUGUCCACAAGCAGUUGUCUUAAGAAAAGGAAGAGCUCUCAAAUGCUGUGGCAAUUUAGGAACUCAGUAGAACAAUGGAAUCCCGUUCUGGGGUAGAAAAUUUGGAUGAAGAUGGUUAUACUCAAUUAGACUUCCGCUCUCAAGGCAUCACUGGGAGACCUGUGGUCUUAGAGAAAGUAACUUGUGCUACAUCUCCUCAUUGGCGUCCCAUUGCUGUGACUUUGGGAAUCCUAUGCUUGCUAAUAUUGGUGAUCGCUGUGAUCCUGGGUACCAUGGCAUAUGAAGCUAUUUGGAGAUCCAAUUCUGGGAGCAACCCAUUGAAGAAUGACAACUUCCCAUCAAGAAAUAAAGAGAACCACAGUCAAUCCACACAAUCAUCUUUAGAAGACCAUGUGGCUCCUACCAAGACUCUCACAACCACAGGAGCUUUUUCCAGCUCUUGUCCUCCUAAUUGGAUCAUACAUAAAAACAACUGUUAUCUAUUUAGCACAUCAUUAGCUUCCUGGAAUAGAAGUAAAAGACAGUGCUCUCAACUGCACUCUAACCUCCUGAAGAUAGACAGUGCAGAAGAACUGGAAUUUAUAGUAAGGCAAAUGUCUUCUCAACCUGAUAAUUCAUUCUGGAUAGGACUUUCUCGCCAUCAGACUGAAGGAUCAUGGCUCUGGGAGGACGGCUCAAUGUUCUCUUCUAACUUGUUUCAAAUCAGAAGCACAGAAACCCAAGAAAACUCAUCUCAGAGUUGUGUGUGGAUUCACCUGUCAAUAAUUUAUGACCAACUUUGUAGUGUGCCCUCAUACAGUAUUUGUGAGAAGAAGUUGUCAAUAAAAUGAUGGGGGUGUCAGGGUGGAAGAGCAGACAGAAGUAUGUAAAAUAUUAAGAAGGGCAGAAAACAAAACAGAAAAGAGAGAUAUUUGAGGUCAAAAUAACUGCUGAAAAGAUCAAGAGAGCUCAGCCAACUUUAAUCUUAGAUGAGAAUGGAAAAGCUAUGAUUCUGAACUUACCAACUGAAAUGGCAGGCCAGUAUUAGGUUCUAGUUAAUAGACCCCUAGAAAUGGAAUCAAGUCAGCUAAACUUAAAUUUUCAUUCUACCACUGACUGACCUAAUAUUAACAUGGAAUUAGCCAUAAAUCUUUGGUGUUUCAAGAAGAUCUUUAUUUCUGGGUCUAUUAAAGUUGCUUUUUGUCCUUAAAAAAUGCCCCUGGAGUACACAUGAUUUGUUUCCAUGAUAUGCUCCUCCAUGUCUAAUAGUGUAUCAGACACAGGUGGAAGGCAAAAUGUAUUUCUGAAUAGCAAAAUGAGGAAAAAAAAAUCUUCACUACAAUCAGAGCUAUUUUAUUAUUUUGUUCAUCAAUAUGGUUAUGAUCAAAAAACAUCAUGAAAAAGCAGCAACUCCAUCUCUUUUUUUUCCCUCAGUUAAAUAGCCCAGAGAAUAUGUCUGCCACAUCUCUGACUAAUAGGAUCUUGUAUAUUGUGAAAUAGUAUGGUAACUGCUCUUAUAAGAAAGUGUUCUCCAUUGUAAAUAUUAUCAAUCAAAAAAGAUCUGGUAAUGAAUGUAGAAAAAGAAAAAAAAAAAAAAACAAUCCAGGGGCCUGGGUGGCUCAGUUGGUUGAACAUCCAACUCUUGAUUUUGGCUGGGGUGGUGAUCUCAGGAUCCUGAAAUUGAGCCCCGUGUCAGGCUCCACGCUGAGCGUGGAGUCUGCUUGGGAUUCUCUCUCUCCUUCUCCCUCUGCCCCUCCCCCUGCUUGUGUAUGCUCUCUCUAAAUAAAUAAAUAAAAUCUGAAAAAAAAAAUCUUAUCACUGAGGUAUUAACAUUCUGAAAGGCAAAACAUGUCUUACUAUUUUUUAUGAUUACCGUUUUGCAGUUUUUAGCAAUUCUUCAAUAAUUAUAAUUAAAAGGUAUUAUUGGAACAUGUUUCCUUAUAUGAUGAUCUGUCUCUUUCUUAUUUUCUCUUAAAUUUCCCCCUUGGUGGUGUUUUUAUUUUCAUUGUUAUUACCAUGUGAACAGAAAACUGCAUCAAGUUCACUGGAUUUUUCACUUUAAAAUGAUUAAUUUUAUGUUAUGUGAAUUUCACUGUAAUAAAAAAAAUGAUAAUCAAAGAA